AUGGAGGGUGUGGAGUCGCCCCCUUUUCUGGAGGGACACCCCUGGUCCCCGAAACCGGCUCCGGCCAAACCACUCACGGACUUGGAUUUCCGAUCCGGGGCCCGGAUCGAGGAGCUCAACCAACUCAUCCAGGAGUACGAAGCCAGGAAUGUGGGUGCCAUCCAGGAUGCCCCAGAAUUGCACCAGGCCAAGGACCAGGUCUUCUCCUUGCUGGGUCUGGCCCAGAAAUUGGACCCGAGGCUCCCUCUGGUCAACCGCUACCUGCUUCUGUCCGGCGGGGUCCAGCAGGGCAGCGUCCACCUGAGUGUGGGCCACCUUCCCCUGCUUUCUCCUGGCACCGAUUACGACACUGCUUUCACCCUCUUGGUGCCCGUCCUGAAUGCGGCCGGAGUCCCUGCCACGCUGGACAUGACGCAGAGCCCCGCUGGCCACACGUGGCUGAGCCUCCAGCCAUUCGACCCUGCCAUUGUCAAUCUCUGGUCUGACUUGGGGGAUGAAGAGGCCUAUUUGGCUGCCGACCAGGUGUCUGAAUGGUUCUUCCGGACUUUGUCCGCCUGUGCCGAAGAUAUGAGAGUGGAGCACCGUGGCGGUGUUGUCACGUCAGUCAUCUUUUGUGCUGGACCCUUGCGCGUCCUUUACGAUGUCAUUCCAGUGGUGGCCUUCAGAGGGUGGCCAGAGGUGGCCCAACCGUGGCUCACACAAACCCACUUUUGGGACGGCAAACUCAAGGACGAGGAAGUGGCCGGUGGCUUCUACCUCUUGCCAUCUUCUGGAAACAAUUGGCGGCUGGGCUUUUCGGCGAGCGAGAUGAACCUGCGGCGGAUGCUCCCUUUGCCCUUGGCUUGGGCAUUCCGGGCUGCCGCUGCGGCCAUCUCAAACAGUGGCUGUCUCAGGAGUGGCGUGGGGCCCUACCACCUCUUCACCUUGGCCCUGUGGUCCUGCGAGCGACUUCCAAACAGCUUCCUUGGCCGGGAAGAGAAUGCCGCCCAUGCCAUGCUGGGCCUCCUGGAUGACCUCUUGGCCAGCCUGGUGGACCGGCAGCUGGCCAGCUACUUCCUCCCCAAGUGGAACCUUCUGGAAGGCCUUUCCUGGAUGGCCCUGGAGAGGCUGGCUCACGAGGUGGCACGGGUCCGAGCCAAGCCCGCUGAGUAUCUGCGCCAAGCUUUGGAGAGGGCCAAGGAGGCCAAGCGGGUGGCCAAGGCCCUCCGGGAGCACAAAGCAGACCCCAAGACUGACUGAGAGAUGUGCCAAAGGACCAUGGCUCCCAGACCAAACUGGUCCACAUUUUUCAGGCCGAAAAGAAGGGGAUUUGGACUCAUGAUUGA